AUGAGUGCAGUGUGCUCGAGUUACUACACCGUGGAGAAGGAGCUGGUGAGAUCGUUCAUGUGUCCGAAAGCUGGCGGAGACGAGCGUGCACAGUUCUGCUGCGGCUUCAAUGACAUUAAAUACUGCUGCGAUGAUCCCAACAGCUUCUUUCCCUACGAGUAUGGAUACAUGUGGUGGCUCAGUAUUGGUGCUCUCAUAGGUUUGUCCAUAGCUGCAGUUGUUCUCUUGGCUUUCCUCAUCACGGUGUGUGUCCUCUGCAUCCUUUUUAUCAACACUAAGCCCAGUCAGCUGGACAACGGCCUUCCUCUCAGCGAGCUGGGCUGUGAGACGAGUCCUGCUCCCAACUGUUCCACCGGACCUCAGGGUUUGCGUAAACAUUUCCCAAGUAGCAAACUGCACUGUGCCGAGCAGCGGGCGGAGCCUGAGCGUCUGUUUCAGCCCUGCUUUAGGGUGACCAUGGCCAGAGUGAAUGCUGAAGGGCCGUCGUAGGACCCCUGUCACCUGGCAGGUGCUUCAAGGCUUAGUGGUGCUUUGGAUCUUCUGGGAUUUCCACCU